GGACGGAGCGGCCGGAGCUGACCAGCGGGCGGAACGGCGCCGGAGUCGGGCUGCGGACCGGGAUGUGGGCGGUGUGGAGGCGAGGCGGCUCCGGGCUCCUCUUGUUACUGCUGACGGUGCAGGGCGUCCGGUCUGUCAGGCUGAGGGAUGGAUGGCAAGUCUACAGCUCUGCGCAGGACCCUGGUGGACGAUGCAUCUGCACUGUGGUGGCUCCAGAGCAGAACCUGUGCUCCAGAGAUGCACGGACUAAGCAGCUCCAGCAACUCCUGGAGAAGGUGCAGAACAUGUCUCAAUCUAUUGAAGUUCUGAAUCUAAGGACCCAGAGGGACUUCCAGUACGUCUUGAAAAUGGAAAGUCAAAUGAAAGGAAUGAAGGGCCAGUUCCAUCAAAUCGAGGACAAUCGAAAGACAAUGAUGUCGAAGCAUUUCCAGGAGCUGAAGGUGAAGAUGCGUGAGCUCCUGCCGCUGAUCCCAGUACUGGAGCAGUACAAGACUGACAGCAAGCUCAUUCUGCAGUUCAAGGAGGAGGUGAGGAACCUGUCGGCCAUGCUGACCGGCAUCCAGGAGGAACUGGGUGUGUUUGAUUAUGAGGAGCUGCACCAGAGAGUGUUGAACCUUGAGACCAGGCUCCACAACUGCAUGAAGAAACUCUCAUGUGGCAAACUGAUGAAGAUCAGUCUCCCGAUCACAGUGAAGGCCUCUGGGACCAGGUUCGGGGCGUGGAUGACUGACCCUCUCGCGGCACAGACAGAGGACAAGGUGUGGUACAUGGAUGGCUACACGAGCAGCAAGAUGGUGCGGGAAUACCAAUCCAUGGCAGACUUUGUGAGCGGAGAGGAUUACCGGUUGUUCCGCCUGCCGUAUUCCUGGGCUGGCACCAAUCACCUGGUCUAUAAUGGCUCCCUCUACUUCAAUAAGUAUCAGAGCAACACGUUGGUCAGGUACAACUUCCAGUCAGGAUCCGUGCAGGCCCAGCGUAGCCUGGAGUACGCAGGCUUCAAUAACGUGUACCCGUAUACAUGGGGGGGGUUCUCAGACAUCGACCUGAUGGCCGACGAAGGGGGGGUCUGGGCCGUCUAUGCCACCAAUCAGAAUGCGGGGAACAUCGUGAUCAGCCAGUUGGACAGCCAGUCGCUGGAGGUGCAGCGCAGUUGGAACACGGGCUACCCCAAGAGGAGUGCUGGAGAGGCGUUCAUGAUCUGUGGCACUCUGUACGUCACCAACUCACACCUGACUGGUGCCAAGGUCUACUACGCCUACUCCACCAAGACAUCCAACUAUGAGUACAUCGACAUCCCCUUCCAUAACCAGUACUUCCACAUCUCCAUGCUGGACUAUAACGCCAGAGACCGCACGCUGUACGCCUGGAACAAUGGCCACCAGGUGCUGUUCAACGUCACUCUGUUUCAUGUCAUCCACACCCAGGAAGACAUGGCAUCUCCCAAAGAGCAGUAACUGCCACAAAUUUCCCACCUGUCCAAGAUUUGCAAUCCUUCCUUUUCUUGGAGUGAGUUUUUCAUAAAAUAAUGCCGAUCUAGGUCUGUGUGUAAAGCGUGUGUAAGUAUAGCUGUGCUACUGGAGGUAAAUCCUAUCCAUCCAUCAUCAUCAACAUGACUGCAGUAACACUCGGAUCAUCCUGCACACUCCAGCUCAGGAGGUGUCUGACAGGCAGAUUCCCCACACUGUUGGAUGUUACCACAACUAAUGCACCAACACACGUUUAAUUCACUCUAUUAGCAAUCACACAGCAUAAUACAUUAUCCGAUCAACACAGUGAGGAUAAAGGGAGGUGAACACAAAAUGCUGCAGUAACUCAGCGGGAGAGGCAGCAUCUCUGGAGAGAAGGAAUGGGUGACGUUUUGGGUCGAGACCUUUCUUCAGACUUGAGUGUCA